ACGUCUUCUGACGUUUGCAGCAGAAUCCAGGAAGUGAGGAGUCGCUUGUUGUUUUUGCCGAUUGACAGUCCUUUCACAUUUUAUUUGUUACUUUUCGCCGGCCAAAAAUGGCGACUUUUAUUUCUGUCCCGUUAAAGAAGUCGUCUGAAGUCGAACUAGUUAAACCGCUCUCGAAAUUCGUUACGGCGACAUACCCAACGGGCGAGGAUCAAGCUGAGUAUAUCCGAUCCGUGGAGGAGUUGAACAAGCUGCGCAAGAGUGCUCUGGGGAGGCCGCUCGACAAACACGAAAGCUCGCUGGAAAUCCUCCUGAGGUAUUAUGAUCAGCUGUGUGCCGUGGAGCCAAAGUUUCCCUUCUCUGAAAACCAGCUGUGUCUAACCUUCACAUGGAAAGAUGCCUUUGAUAAGGGCUCACUGUUCGGGGGCUCAGUCAAACUAGCCCUGGCCAGUCUGGGCUAUGAGAAGACAUGUGUGUUGUUCAAUGGAGCAGCGUUGGCAAGUCAGAUCGCUUCAGAACAAAACCUGGACAGCGAUGAAGGACUGAAGGCCGCAGCCAAAUACUACCAGUUGGCAAGUGGAGCAUUUGGUCACAUUAAGGACACAGUGCUGUCGGCUCUGAACAGAGAGCCUACAAUGGACAUUUCUCCUGAGACCGUAGGAACCCUCAGUCUCAUCAUGCUGGCUCAGGCACAGGAAGUCUUCUUUCUCAAGGCUACUUCAGAUAAGAUGAAGGACGCCAUCAUCGCUAAACUGGCCAAUCAGGCGGCAGAUUUCUACAGCGAUGCCUUCAAGCAGUGUCAGUACAAAGAGAACCUGCCCAAGUGUAUUUAUUUCCAGGAGGUGUUGCCGGUGCUGGCAGCUAAACACUGCAUCAUGCAGGCCAACGCUGAGCUACAUCAGUCUAUCCUCGCCAAGCAGAAGAAACACUUUGGGGAGGAGAUCGCUCGCCUGCAGCAUGCUUCAGAGCUGGUGAAGACGGUAGCAUCUCGCUAUGAUGAAUACGUCAGUGUGAAAGACCUUAGUGAUAAGAUCAGCCGUGCUCUGACCGCAGCUAAGAAGGACAACGACUUCAUCUACCACGACCGCGUCCCUGAGGUCAAAGACCUGGAACACAUCGGCAAGGCAGCGCUGGUCAAGGCUACCACCAUCACACCUCCGCUCAGCGCCAAGUUCACUGACUUGUUUGAGAAGAUGGUGCCCAUGGCUGUGCAGCAGAGUAUGAGUGUGUACAGCCAGAGGAAGGCUGAGACCGUCAACAGACUGGUAGGAACCAUGAGGGAAGCUACUAACCUCUGCAACGGUGUCCUGGCAUCUCUGAACCUGCCUGCGGCUCUGGAGGACCUGUCUGGAGAUUCUAUCCCACAAUCCAUUAUUGAAAAGGCCCAUGCCAUCGUCCAGCAGGGGGGGCUGCAGAGCAUAGAGCAGCUGAUCAGAGACCUGCCGGAACUACUGACACGCAACAGAGAGAUCCUGGAUGAGUCUCUGAAGAUGCUGGAUGAUGAGGAGUCGACAGACAGCGAGCUGAGAUCCAAGUUCAGCCAACGCUGGAACAGAACUCCCUCUGGAGACCUCUACAAACCACUCAGAGCGGAGGGGGGUAACUUCCGUAGCGUGUUGGACAAGGCAGUGCAGGCUGACCAGGUGGUCAGAGAGCGUUAUAAUGCACACUGUGAGAUGAUCGCCCUCCUCUGUAAACCUGAGGCUGAACUCACCGCUGCUAUACCUUCAGCCAACCCUGCUAAGACAUUGCAGGGCAGCGAGGUUGUGAGUGUGUUGCGUUCCCAGCUGUCCCAGCUAGAGUUGGUGAAGAGAGAGAGGGAGGUGCUGGAGACGGAGAUUAAGGGCGUGACCUUUGACAUGUCCUCCAGCUUCCUGACAGCUCUGGCUCAGGACGGGGCCAUCAAUGAGGAGGCACUGUCAAUGAGCCAGCUGGACCAAUCAUACGGCAGCUACAGCCAGAGGGUUCAAGCCAGCCUCCGCUCUCAGGAAGAGCUGUUGGGCAACGUGCAGGCAUCUCACCAGGAGUUCUCCAGUCUGAAGCAGUCCAACUCGGAGGCUAAUGAUCGUGAGGAGGUGUUGAAGAAGCUGGCCUCGGCCCACGACAGCUACGUUGAGAUCACCAGCAACCUCAGAGAGGGCACCAAAUUCUACAAUGACCUCACCGAGAUCCUGCUGAAGUUCCAGAACAAGUGCAGUGACAUCGUCUUCGCCCGCAAGACAGAACGGGAUGAACUGCUGAAGGAUUUGCAGCAGAGCAUCGCCAGGGAGCCCAGUGCCCCGUCCUUCUCUGUCCCCGCCUACCAGACUAACCCCACCGCCACUGGACCAACCCCCGCACCAAGGACUGUCUUCCAGCCUCAGCAGCCCCAGGCGAAGGCCCAGCCUCCCGAGCGGCCCCCUCCCCCUGCCUUCACCCCCCAGGCCGCCUCCGCACCAGGCAACCCUCCCAGUAACCAGCCUCAACCAGUAAACCCCCCACCUAUGGCCCCUCCCUCACAGGCCCAGGGACCGCCUUACCCCACAUACCAGGGAUACCCCGGGUAUGCCUACCAGAUGCCUAUGGGUUAUAACCCGUAUGCAGCGUACAGCCAGUACAACAUGCCCCCCACUAUGCAGCCUAACAUGCAGCCCUACGUCCCCUAUCAGCAGGCCCCAGCACCCGGACAGGGGGGCUACCCUGGGGUCCCCCCCACACAGCAGCACCCCUACACCUACCAACAACAGCCCCAGCAACCACCACCACAGCCAUACUACCCACAACAAUAACUACUCUCUCACUCCUCUCCUCCAUCCCUCUCCUCUGCUAUCGCUACUCCGACCGACAGCAGAAACCAUGCUACUACGCCCAGCAAUAACUCCUCAAUCUCUCUCUCUCUCUCUCCCUUCUUCCUCUGCCUUACUUACGUUGCACUUCUAGCACUCCACCUUUGCUCUCUCCCUCCCUCUACCUUCUCUCCCUCUACCCUUUCUCCUCUACCUUCUCUACCCUUUCUCCUCUACCCUCUCUCCCUCCCUCCUCUACCCUCUCUCCCUCUCUGCUCUACCCUCUCGCUCUUCUUCCAUCCAUCCCUCCCUCUACACUUACUCCCUCUACAUACUCAUCUACGAACCAGCUCCUCUAUUUAUUUUUUGUUUUCAUAUUAUUUUUCUAAUUAUUGCUUUAUUCUUUAAGUCCUAACUUUUCUUCCUGCUAUACCUGACUUCCUGCUAUGGGCCUAGGUCAAAAAUAUACAGGUUAGGAUAAGAGGAUUCCAUAAGUCUUUGCAUGAAUGCAGAAGAAUUCUAAACAAUGGGACUAGCAAUGCGAGCCAAAAUGACUGGAAGUGAAUUUUAGCAGUACAGAAAGUUUGCCAUCAAGUGGAAAAUUAACACAAUUGUAGUGAAUUUCAGCUAACUAGUCAGCAAACGCAUAGCAUAACUGUUUUACUGUCAUUCUAUUCAUUUAAAUGUGUUUCUAGUUAUCUACAGACCCUUUAUUUUUCCGACCGAUUGUCACAUUUUCAAUGCUAAUCCUGUAGAAUCAGCAGUGGCGCUGGUCCAAUUCAUUUGUUUAUUUUCGAAUGCUGCCGCAUGGAAUUAUUGAUUAUUGCGUUGUCCUAACCUGUAUAUACUCGGCCUAGAUAUAGAACACUAGAGGAGCUGCAUGUCAUUCUUGGAUGAGGAGGGCGUGGCAUGAUUCCUUAUUUGGGAGCGAGUGGGAGGGGUCACAUUCAAUGUCACUGAAUGAAGAACCUGAGGACCCAGGGUGGUAUUCAGUAGGGAGAAAACGUUUAGAAACGGAAUGAAAUGGGGGUUUACAGCUUGAACUUUUUUUUGAGCUUGAACUUUUUGCAAUAAGAAGCAAUUCUUGUCUGUUUUCAAACCGUUUUGCUACUGAAUACGACCCAGCUACGAUCACUCAGCUUAACGCCUGGCGCUUCUAUAACAACUAUAUCAUAUUUUUGUAAUGUAUAAUACUUAUGUAAUAAUCCAAUAAAAAUGGCUGUCGGUUUUUCUAAUUUAGAUAAGGACUGUUGGAGAUGCACUCUUGCUGUCUCUGUUCUGUCUCCCUCUCAAUUAUCACUCCUCUCUCUCUAUCACUCCCCUCUCUCCAUCACUCCUCUCCUCUCUCUCUCUGUGGGGAUGUGUCUUUCUGUUUUACAAUCAGAGUAAAGCUGUAAAUGGCUGUAGAUGUUUUUCUGGGAUAAAGGUUAUUAUAUAUAAAGACUUUGGUUAACCCAACAACACAGUGUUUCUCUUUGGUUCUAAUGUGAUUAAAACACCUCUGCAUACCAGA